AUGUUUGCUGGAUCAGCUAAUGGAACCCUUUUACCACCUUAUAAAGUUUACAAGGCUAAAACAAUAUCCAAUAGUUGGAGAAUGAACGGUCCAAAAGGUUCUAGGUAUGCAUCUAGUAAGUCAGGAUGGUUUGAUAGCUAUGCGUUUGAUGAUUGGAUAAGAAGUAUUGCCAUUCCUUAUUUGAGAAAAUUGUCUGGUAGAAAAAUUUUAAUAGGAGACAAAUUAUCAAGCCACAGAUGCAAUUAA